AUGACCACUUUUCCUAAAGAUGAAGUUAUUAUAGGAAUUGCACUAAGUAGUCUAGCGAUAAUUGUCGCAACUUCUAAAAAUUUCAUAAGAUUAUUCACGCUUUCUGGUGUACAACUUUAUAUCUUUGCAUUGGAUUCAGUAGUUUGUAUGGAUGCUUACCAAGAGUUUGCUUUGAUUGUAUAUCAUCUAGGAACAGGUUAUCGAGGAUCGCAAAAUCUUGGAUAUAUGUUGUAUAAUGUAGAAACAAAUGAUAUUGUUCAAAAAGAACAAUUGCCAAUAUCUAAAGAUUCAACUUUAGAAUGGAUUGGAUUUUCAGAUAAAGGGUUACCAGCAAUGUAUGAUUCUGAAGGAGUGUUAUCUAUUUUACAUCGUCACAGACAAUAUCACCAAGCAAGAUGGAUACCUGUUUUGUAUACUCGUAAUAAUCCAAACCCUGAUGAUGAAGCAUCGUAUUAUUGGCCUGUUGGAUUAAAUGAAAACAAAUUCUUGUGCAUUGCUUGCAAGGAUGGCGAAAGAAUGCCACGUUAUCCAAGGCAAAAGUUUCAUGAAUUUGAUUGGCAAAUCCCUCUUUUAAAUCUUGAUAAGCCAAUUGGUAAAACUGAAGAAGUAUAUGCCCAACAAUUGCCAAUAUCUAAAGAUUCAACUUUAGAAUGGAUUGGAUUUUCAGAUAAAGGGUUACCAGCAAUGUAUGAUUCUGAAGGAGUGUUAUCUAUUUUACAUCGUCACAGACAAUAUCACCAAGCAAGAUGGAUACCUGUUUUGUAUACUCGUAAUAAUCCAAACCCUGAUGAUGAAGCAUCGUAUUAUUGGCCUGUUGGAUUAAAUGAAAACAAAUUCUUGUGCAUUGCUUGCAAGGAUGGCGAAAGAAUGCCACGUUAUCCAAGGCAAAAGUUUCAUGAAUUUGAUUGGCAAAUCCCUCUUUUAAAUCUUGAUAAGCCAAUUGGUAAAACUGAAGAAGUAUAUGCCCGUAUGAAUCUAUUAAUAAAAUUUGAGUGUGAUGAAAUCAGGGCAAAGAAAAAGUCAAUUGAUAUCAACAACAACAACUACUACAAUGAUAAUAAUGAUGGUGACAUGAUAAAUAAAAUGAUGUGCGAAAUAAAUGGAGAAAAAUAUUAUAAUGGAAUUAAAGUACCUCCUUUAGGUGCAAGAAUCAUACCAUUAGAAAGACAAAUGGAGAUCAGCAAAGAACUAUCUGAAAAACACAAUUAUUAUCAAUAUUAUGAUAAUAGAUCAGAUUAA